AAGGUAAUGUCUUCCAUUAGCUAUAAUCAGAAACCAAAGCAUACGUGUUCAAAACCAGAACCAUAUCUCCAUCACUAUCAAUUAUCAGUUCGCUUCCAUGGAUGGACCAUAUUUCAGCAGCACUUACGCACAUGAAUCGAGAACUCGUUGCUUCAAUUUCCCUCCAUAUAUAUAUAUACAGGAAUUUUUGCAGAAAUUAAUAUCGGGUAAAUUUGGGGGAAAAAUCAAUGGCUUUGCAUUUGAGCAGCGCUUGCUUCUCUGCUUUUAGCGGGAGUAAAGUUCGUGCAGUUAGAGCAGUGGCUUCUGAGCAGGGCGGCGUUUCCGUGAAGACAACCGAUGAGGGGAAGGUGAAAUUGGGCGGUUCGGAGUUGAAGGUGACGAAGCUAGGGCUUGGAGCUUGGUCAUGGGGCGACACAAGCUAUUGGAAUAAUUUCAAUUGGGAUGACAGGAAAUUGAAGGCUGCAAAGUCAGCUUUCGAUGCCAGCAUCGACGGUGGUAUAACAUUCUUCGAUACUGCAGAGGUUUAUGGCUCACGGAUGUCGUUCGGUGCUAUCAGUUCCGAAACACUACUUGGAAGAUUCAUCAAAGAAAGGAAAGAAAGGGAUCCCGAUUUUGAGGUGGCUGUAGCUACCAAAUAUGCAGCUUUACCAUGGAGAAUCGGUCGAGAGAGUGUUAUUUCUGCUCUCAAAGAUUCUUUAUCUCGUCUCGAAUUGUCUUGUGUUGACCUAUAUCAGCUCCAUUGGCCAGGAAUAUGGGGCAACGAAGGAUAUAUCGACUGUCUAUCCGAUUCUGUGGAGCGAGGUCUCGAGAAAUCUGUUGGAGUAUCACACUACAGCGAGAAGCGUCUUCGUGAGGCAUACAAUCAAUUGAAAAAGAGAGGUAUACCUUUGGCUUCAAACCAAGUAAACUACAGUCUGAUAUAUCGACUCCCCGAGGAAAACGGUGUCAAAUCGACCUGUGAUGAACUCGGUAUCACCUUAAUUGCAUAUUCGCCACUUGCUCAAGGUGCACUUACGGGGAAAUACACUCCAAAUAACACUCCGACCGGUCCUAGAGGAAGUAUUUACACCCCCGAAUUCAUGACUAAACUACAACCUCUAAUAAACCGGAUAAAGGAGAUUGGAGAAGGCUACGGCAAAACCCCAACUCAGGUUGUCUUAAACUGGCUCGUUGCUCAAGAAAACGUGGUCCCGAUCCCGGGGGCCCGCAAUGCGGAACAAGCACAAGAAUUCGCCGGUGCGGUGGGAUGGACACUUAGCAACGACGAAGUCGAAGAGCUGAGAUCAAUGGCAUCACAAGUAAAACCAGUCGUUGGUUUUCCAGUUGAGAAGUUAUAAAGUUUAUACAAGCCUUAUAUUAUAGUAUGAAUUAUAUACAACUAAGGUAUAUGUUAGUAUACUGUAUAGUGUGAAUCUUGAUUAUUUCAAUAAUAUUUUUGUGGUUAAA